GCGGGGCUUGGGCGCGAAGCGGGCGGCUGCGACCAGCCGGAGGAGAAAGAACAUGGCGGGCGCGGCGGCCCCCGGGACCGGCCCGGUGGCCGCGGGUGGAGAUGGAGACGAUUCACUAUACCCGAUCGCUGUUUUAAUCGACGAGCUCCGCAAUGAGGACGUGCAGCUCCGUCUCAACAGUAUUAAGAAAUUAUCAACAAUUGCUCUAGCACUUGGAGUAGAAAGAACGCGAACUGAACUGCUGCCAUUCCUUACAGAUACAAUUUAUGAUGAAGAUGAAGUACUGUUAGCUCUUGCUGAGCAGCUGGGAAAUUUCACUGGCCUGGUCGGAGGUCCUGACUUUGCCCACUGUUUGCUGCCUCCUCUGGAAAGUCUGGCGACCGUGGAAGAAACUGUGGUUCGGGACAAAGCCGUGGAGUCCCUGCGGCAGAUCUCCCAGGAGCACACUCCUGUCGCUCUGGAAGCUCACUUUGUACCUCUGGUGAAACGCCUGGCGAGUGGGGAUUGGUUCACUUCUCGCACAUCUGCAUGUGGUUUGUUCAGCGUUUGCUAUCCCAGGGCUUCCAGUGCUGUCAAAGCAGAAAUUAGACAGCACUUCCGUUCCUUAUGCUCAGAUGAUACACCAAUGGUACGACGUGCUGCUGCUUCCAAAUUGGGUGAAUUCGCGAAAGUUUUGGAGUUGGACAGUGUGAAAAGUGAAAUUGUGCCAUUGUUCACUAAUCUAGCUUCAGAUGAACAGGAUUCAGUGCGCCUCCUAGCCGUGGAAGCUUGUGUCAGUAUCGCCCAGUUACUGUCUCAGGAUGACCUUGAGGCUUUGGUGAUGCCUACACUUCGACAAGCCGCGGAAGAUAAAUCUUGGCGAGUUCGCUAUAUGGUAGCUGACAAAUUUUCAGAGCUCCAGAGAGCUGUGGGUCCUAAAAUCACCCUGAAUGACCUCAUCCCCGCCUUUCAGAACCUACUUAAAGACUGUGAAGCUGAAGUCCGAGCAGCUGCUGCCCACAAAGUAAAAGAACUUUGUGAGAACUUGCCCAUUGAAGGUAGAGAGACCAUAAUUAUGAAUCAAAUUCUGCCCUGUAUAAAGGAAUUAGUAUCCGAUACAAAUCAACAUGUCAAAUCGGCUCUAGCUUCUGUAAUUAUGGGAUUGUCUACCAUUUUGGGCAAAGAGAAUACCAUUGAACACCUUCUACCUCUUUUUCUAGCUCAGUUAAAGGAUGAGUGUCCUGAAGUUCGUUUGAAUAUCAUCUCCAAUUUGGAUUGUGUGAAUGAAGUGAUUGGAAUCCGGCAGCUCUCCCAGUCACUCCUUCCUGCCAUUGUGGAGCUGGCUGAAGAUGCCAAAUGGAGGGUCCGGCUGGCCAUCAUUGAGUAUAUGCCACUGCUGGCGGGCCAGCUGGGUGUGGAGUUCUUUGAUGAAAAGCUGAAUUCUUUAUGUAUGGCCUGGCUUGUGGACCAUGUGUAUGCCAUCCGUGAAGCUGCCACCAACAACCUCAUGAAACUAGUUCAGAAGUUUGGUACAGAGUGGGCCCAAAACACCAUCGUUCCCAAGGUGUUAGUAAUGGCCAAUGAUCCUAAUUACUUACAUAGAAUGACCACUUUAUUCUGCAUUAAUGUGCUGUCUGAAGCCUGUGGCCAGGAAAUAACCACUAAGCAGAUGCUGCCUAUUGUAUUGAAAAUGGCCGGAGACCAAGUAGCAAAUGUCCGAUUCAACGUGGCCAAAUCUCUACAGAAAAUUGGACCAAUUCUAGAUACCGAUGCUUUGCAGGAGGAAGUUAAGCCGGUACUACAGAAGCUAGGCCAAGAUGAAGACAUGGAUGUCAAGUACUUUGCACAGGAAGCUAUAAGUGUGCUUGCGUUGGCAUAAUGAGGAACAGGCGGGAAAAGACUUUACUAAAUUCUUAUCACAGAUUUCUAGUCAAUGUGUUCUUAAACUGGGUGGAGAAAAAAAUGGAAAACCUUCAAGACCUCGUCUGAGCAAAUGGCAACAACUUACAAGAUCAAAUUUCAGUGACUUGAUUCUUUCUAAAGAUGAAAUGGGAUUGUUUUUUACUUGUCUUCCUUGUUGGGAUAAUUAUAUUUAAACCAUUCUUAUUGUUUGUGACAAAUGCCUAACACUUGGUACAGUCAUUUCUCACCUGUCUCCUAAUGAUUUAUCUAGCACCAUCUGGGCUCCUGCAGCCUCAUUGUUUAAUCAGGCCCCAGCCACUUAAUAUUCCUGACCAAGUCUGGAUAGAUUUGGACCCAGAUGUGGGUCGGAGUGAUUCUCUUGAUGUUUACAUGUAUCUCUGUGUCUCCAUCAUUCCAAAGUUAAAUGUACAUGGUUUAGAAUAACUGAUUUUGUAAACACUCUACUUGGGAGACACAUCGAGUGUUAACUGUAGUGGAAGCUCUUUGUUCCAGGAUAGUGAUGGUCUGCAUCGGUUUCUCACAUGAAAGGAAAUGUGGAAGCUCAGGGUUCAGGUGUUGGUUGUUUUGGUUUUUCUUUGCUCAAUUUUGAUUGUAAUCAUGUCAUUCAGAAACUUGAAGUGCAGAUGCAUCAUGCUGCUAACACGUGAUGUUGAGACCUCACUCAAUUCCUGCAGCUCCUCACCGUGACUGCAUUCUGAAAUACUUCUCUCUCUCCCCCCGGAGAUACUUACAAUGUAGUGCCUCCUGCUAAGCAGUGGUUCUCCUGUUUGAUCGUAAGAUUCCAGUUCUGUCUCUACUGAGUGAAGAAACCACGGGUCUAAUACAGUGAGCGUUUCCUGCUCUUUACCGGGUUCUGCCUGCGGCCCUGUGGACAUUUGUUCCUUGCUACGUUGCACUUCAGUACCUUUCCAGACUGAAGUUUCAUUACUAAUGUUUUGGUAUGACUGAUGCUGGAAUCUUAUCAUUUGAAAUUUUUUUUUUUUUUUUAACUUUUACAGUAAAACCUCAUUAAUUCCUCCUGGAAUUGAAGAUAAUGAAUUAAGCUGAAGGGUUUGCUGAAGCAAAUUAAUAGUAUGUAAGGAGGCCUGUUGUGUCUGAACUACUUAAAUAAUUUUAACACUUUUUAAAAGCACCCUUUUAAGAGUUCCCCGGUGGUCACCACUGCAGCCCAGGUUCAAUCCCUGGUCUGGGAACUGGUAUCCCACAUCAGGCCACCACAUGCUGCAGCCAAAAAAAAAAAAAAAAAAAAUCACCCUUUUACCAGCUGAUGUGCCAGUUACUAAUCACUCAUUUCAGUUAUAUUAAUAUACCCUCCAUGAGGAUAUUUAUGAGGCCACGCCUUUUUUUAGAUGCUUUCCAUUUACUCUUUAUCCCUGACAUUUGUAUCUGUGUAUUUCAUGGAGAAUUUAAGUGUUUUUUCUUUUAAAUUUAUGAACAAUUUGCAGCUAAUCAACCUGACCUUGUCCCUAAUGAAUUUUUAAUUGAUGAGGUUUUAUUGUAGCUUAUUCUUCUCUCAGUGCAUCUUGCUGCGUCAGUUAGCUUGUUUCCAUUUUGGUUUUCUAAUAGUUUCUUUCAUUCACAGUCUCUUAAAGCCAAUGAGCCCCAUUCUGUUUUGUGAAGGUCCAAAGAGUCCUAGAAAACCUUUGAUAUUAAACCAUUUCAUAAAACCAAAUUUGACCAAAUACUUUAAAGUUUGUCUUACCUUAGAAAAACAGAACAUUUUAAGUCUCUGCCUGCAUUUAAAACUGCCAUACUACCUUAUAGUAAGUUUCUAUUUUAUUACUUUUGGGCUAAGGAUUAAAUAUUUUCCCAGGAAAAAUAUUUUAUGUUCUUGUUUUAGUAUCUUAAACUACUAUGCUGUAAACAGUGUUAGUUUCACGGUCUUUUUGGUUUUUUAUUGCCUGCAGGUUUAUGUUCUUCAUUGACUUUCAUAUUCGAGAGGGUGUUGUCUUGAUUGAAACAGAUUUGCACAACCAUCGCAUUUCCAUUCCUCUGGUUGGAAAUGGCACUGGUUUGGGGAUAGACCUUUAAAUGCCCUUGUGGCCCCCCUGGGGAGCGCUGUGCCUGAACCUCCUCCCUAAGACUGUGCUGAGGGGGAGACGGAGCUCAGGCUUCCUCAGUGCAUUAGGGAGCCCAUCGGGGCCCUGUCUCUUUGGGUGACCCUGUAGGGACAUCAUUGUUUUUUUCUGACUCAAACAAUAGGGAAUCCCUUCUGUUACUCCUCAAGGGAUUGUUCUUUGCCUCACAACGUGGUCAUUUUCUCCCUGGAUUAGUUUCCCUGUCUUGAUUUCACUGGAAUGUAAGCUCCAGACGCUCUGGAAGGGCAGGGAUUUUUGUCAGUUUUGUCUUCCAGUGUAUCACCAGCGCCUGGGUCAGAGUCUGCUGUACGUAGGUGCUCAAUAAAAGUGUGUUCAAUGAA